CCUUCACGUGCUCCAGAGCAGCGUGGCCAUGGCGACCGCAACGCGAGCUCCAGCAUUUAAACCCGCACCCGUCCCCCGCUUCCCUUUGUUAGUUAAGCUUUCCCCUCCCAAUUAAUUAAGUUUAGCUCUUAUCAGAGCGAGAGAGAGAGAGAGAGAGAGAGAGAGGGAAGAAGAAGAAGUGGAAGUGGUAUGUAUGUGCCCAUGUCCAUUGCCGCAGAAACAAACUGUAGCAGCAGCAGCAGCAGCUAGUGAAGUACUACAGUACAGUAGUGAGGACUUAAUCAAACGGGGCGCGCGGGGUGCCCCCUAGCUCUCCUCAUUCCACCACCAUGCCCACCCCGCCAUCGCCAUGCCUCUUCUUCCUCUUCCUCCUCUUCUUCAUGUGGUCGUCUCACUCUCACCUUGGCGCCGCCUCCGACGCGGACGCGCUGCUCGCCCUCAAGUCCGCCCUCGACCGCUCCGACCGCCUCCCCUGGCGCCGCGACACCGCCCCCGCCUUGUGCUCCUCCUGGCUCGGCGUGCGCCAGUGCUCCCAACCUCCCCGGGACAGGAGGGUCACCAAGCUCGUCCUCGAGAACCUCAACCUCACCGGCGUCCUCACCGCCACCCUCCUCGCCCCGCUCUCCGAGCUGCGCGUCCUCAGCCUCAAGUCCAACGCCCUCACCGGCCCCAUCCCCGACGCCCUCCCCGCCGCCCUCCCUAACCUCAAGCUGCUCUACCUCUCCGCCAACCGCCUCCAGGGCCGCAUCCCGCCCACCCUCGCCCUCCUCCACCGCGCCACCGUCCUCGUCCUCUCCUCCAACCUCCUCCAUGGCGAAAUCCCCACCUCCCUCACCACGCUCCCGCGGCUCACCUCGCUCCUCCUUGACGACAACCGCCUCAACGGCAUCCUCCCUCCGCUGCCGCAGCCCACGCUCCGGCUGCUCAACGUCUCCGCCAACCGCCUCUCCGGCGAGAUCCCCUCCGUCCUCGCCACCAAAUUCAACGCAUCGUCCUUCCUCGCCAAUGCCGACCUCUGCGGCCCACCGCUGCGCAUCCAAUGCGCCGCUCCGACCGCGCCGGCGGCCGCGGCCGCAUUCACGCCGCUCCCCCCGCCACGCUCCAACAGGAGCCGCCGCGCGAAGAACGCGGGCAUCGUGGCCGGCGCGACGGUGGCGGGUGUGGUGGUACUGGGAAUCCUGGUGGCGGCGGCGGUGAUGGCGUCGCGGCGCGGGAGGAACAAGCGCGUGGCCGGCGACGUGGAUAAGGGAGCAAUGCCAGAGGAGGAAGAAGAGCAGCAGCAGCAGCAGCCGCAGGCUCAGCCUCGGGAGGAGAUCAAUGCGUCGGCGUCGGCGUCGGCGUCGGUGGCAUCGGAGAGGAGGGGGGGUCGUGAGUUCUCGUGGGAGAGGGAGGGGAUCGGGAAGCUGGUGUUCUGCGGCGGCGUGGCGGAGAUGUACAGCCUGGAGGAGCUGCUGCGGGCGUCGGCGGAGACGCUGGGGCGCGGGGAGGUGGGCAGCACGUACAAGGCGGUGAUGGAGACCGGGUUCAUCGUCACGGUGAAGCGCAUGCGGGAGCCGGCGGCGGGGGCGGCGGAGCUUGGGCGGCGAGCGGAGGAGCUGGGCCGCCUCCGCCACCCAAACGUGGUGGCGCUGAGGGCCUACUUCCAGGCCAAGGAGGAGCGACUCCUCGUCUACGAUUACUACCCCAAUGGCAGCCUCUUCUCCCUCCUCCACGGGUCCAGCAGCCGGACGUCGAGCAAGGGGAAGCCCCUGCACUGGACGUCGUGCAUGAAGAUCGCGGAGGAUGUCGCCGCCGGGCUGGUGCACCUGCACCAGUCGCCGCCGGCUGGCAUCGUGCACGGCAACCUCAAGCCCUCCAACGUCCUCCUCGGCCCCGACUUCGAAUCGUGCCUCACCGAUUACGGUCUGGUGCCCACGCUGCUCCCCUCCCACGCCGAUCUCGCCUCCUCCACGUCCGUCCUAUACCGAGCGCCGGAAACUCGCACCGCCCAUGCCUUCACGCCGGCGUCCGACGUGUACAGCUUCGGCGUGCUCCUCCUGGAGCUGCUCACCGGGAAGGCGCCGUUCCAGGACCUGAUGGAGAUGCACAGCGAUGACAUCCCGAGCUGGGUGCGGGCAGUGCGUGAGGAAGAGACGGAGUCCGGCGGGGAGUCCGCGUCCGCUGGCGGCACGGAGGAGAAGCUCGGUGCGCUGAUCAGCAUUGCGGCGGCCUGCGUGGUGGCGGACCCGGCGAGGCGGCCAACCACACCGGAGGUGCUACGGAUGGUGAGGGAGGCAAGGGCGGAGGCAAUGUCGUCGUCGAACAGCAGCGACCGGUCACCAGCGCGGUGGUCAGACGCCGUGCAGGUGCAGAUGGGCAUGGGGGUGCCGCGAGAUCAGGGAGAGCUAGGAGGACUCACCUGAUCGAUCGAUCAGCAGCUGAUCUCAUCCUGAUCAGCAGCUGAUCAUCGCCUGGCUGGCCGGCUUGUUGUUACUUUACUUCAUGUACCGUAGCAGCAAAAAAAGUGUAGUUACCACUCAAUUUGUCUUGGCUCAAAGAAUGACUCAUUCUUCAGGCAACACUUUUUAAAUACCAGGGGUCUUUGAUUUGGGACUUGUGUAGGUUUUUAGCAGGGAAGGGUGGGGCAUUGGGAGAUACUCCUAGCUUAGAUAGGUUCAGAGAUGAAGAUUCUCUGGGCUGGAUCUGUCUGUAAAUCUUUUUUGGAUUGUUGUAAACUUGUCCUUUUUAUUUUUUCCGGAGUGGAGCUAAACUGGUUUAUGUGUCAUCCUGUGCUUGUUUAUCUUCCAAGUUGUUGUAGAAACACAAAUCUAUAAUCAUUA